AAAAUGGCGUCGUGUUGGCUUUUACUUUUGAGUGAGUGACAGAAGCAAAGGAAGAAUGGCUUCCGAAACUCCAAAAGCAAAAGCCGUUCUACCAUGGACAACCCGCGUUUCAAUUUCCUUUCUCUCUACCCUAACGGACUUUUCACGCCGCUCUAACGGCACUGUUAAUCGCCGUCUCAUGAACUUCCUCGAUCGCAAAACCCAAGCCAACGCCAAACCCGUUAAAGGCGUUUCCACCAAAGACGUCACCGUCGACGCCAAACGGAACCUCUGGUUCCGAAUCUACAACCCCACCGCCGCCGACGCCGACGACGGCCUCCCCGUCGUCAUUUUCUUCCACGGCGGCGCCUUCGCAUUCCUCUCGCCGGAUUCUUUCGCAUACGACGCCGUCUGCCGACGUUUCUGCCGGCGAAUCCCCGCCGUCGUCGUCUCCGUCAACUACCGCCUUGCACCGGAGCACCGGUACCCUUCCCAAUACGACGACGGCGAGGAUAUCCUCAGAUUCCUCGACGAGAACCGCGCGGUGCUGCCGGACAAUGCUGACUUGUCGAAAUGCUUCCUCGCCGGCGACAGCGCCGGCGCGAAUUUGGCUCACAAUGUUGCGGUUCGGAUCGGCAAGUCGGGGCUCCAGUUGAUUCGGGUCGUCGGGUUGGUUUCAAUCCAGCCGUGGUUCGGCGGGGAGGAGCGGACGGCUGCGGAGGUUAAGUUGGACGGGGCACCGCUGGUAUCGAUGGCGAGGACGGACUGGCUGUGGAAGGCGUUUCUGCCGGAGGGGUCGGAUCGCGAUCAUGGGGCGGCGAAUGUGAGCGGGCCAAAUUCGGAGGAUUUGUCGGGUUUAUAUUACCCGGAUACCCUUUUGUUUGUGGGUGGGUUUGACCCGUUACAAGAUUGGCAAAAGAAGUAUUAUGAGUGGUUGAAAAAAUCAGGGAAAAAUGCUCAAUUGAUUGAGUAUCCAUCGUCGAUUCAUGCGUUUUAUAUAUUUCCUGAAUUGCCCGAGUCAUCUCAGUUGAUCUCACAGGUCAAGGAUUUCGUCACCAAGAAAAUUUCUGAUUUUCAAUCAAAUGUAUAUUAAGUUCAUGUUGGAGUCAAGUGUGUAUGGCUAUGCAAGUUCUUGUUUCAAGCCUUCUAAACAACAAAAAAGUAUUUAGUAUUAUUAGUAUUUGUAAGAUUUUAUUACUAUUAUAUGUUUGGAUCUCUCCAAAAUUUAAAAAGUAA